AACAACUUAUUGUCAGCACAGCCAAGAAUGAAUAUUAAAUUGGCAUGACCUGAGGUAUAUAUAAGCUAUUCAGAGAGCUAGUUUCCAGUGCAACAAUAACAUGAGCAUCAAGAUAACAGGUGUACUGUUGCUGCUGACAUCCCUUCUUAAAUCAGGGAAGAGCACAUGUACCCCAGCAUCACUGGACGGUGGGAAGUACGGUGUUAAACUGGAUGGUAACGGAACAGAUAAUAACGGGAAUCUAAACUCGGGAGCCACCUGGGCAACUGUCACUGUAAAGUGUCUUUCUACUGGCUUUACAUUUUCAAACGGAGUUAGACGGGUGCCAGAUGUAGAUGUAGAUACGGUAGAUACAGAUCAAAGGAUAGUGGUACAAUGUGGAGUAGAUGGAGCCUGGCACCCCAACAUUUGGUACAAAUACUCAGCUACCGGGGUCCCCGACACUUCUCAACUCAGAUACACCUACUGUUCGCCGGGUUGCCACAUGUUACCACGGUACAGCUACAAGGUUACUUAUCCCCCUGGUUUGGUGACCUCAGAGGAGUACUCAGCCCCAGUUCAACCCAACGCUGAGUUAUAUGUGUCACUAAGAUGUGGUAACGGUUACACAGAAGCAGUGGGAGAUACUGGCUACAAGACUCUGCAGUGCAAACAGAAAGUGUCCACUGGUGGUUCAGGGCUGGAUGUGGAGUGGUCAGUGGACGAGAACAACCGCCUAACUUGUGUCCGAGGGUGUAAAGACAUAACGGAAAGUGUGCAAUAUGGAGAAACAACAGCUUCAUCGAGUAAAGUAGCUGAUGGACCACCUUUUGUUCCUGGUGAUAUAAUCCCUUUCUCCUGCAAAAAUGGGUACAGGUUGGUGGGACACAGUAAGUUGACAUGCCGUGGUGACAACACCUGGAGUGAGGAGAUACCGGAGUGUGUUAGUGCGUUAGUGACCAGUUCAGCUGAUUCUCCUCACCUGGAAACUCAUUAUAUCAUGACAAUUACAUUCGUGUGGUUUGCUCAGUUUAUGAUCAGGAAACAUUAGCGAUUAUACUAACAGUAACAUUUAACGGUUUGGUAUCAUUUAUAUUAUUUGAGUGCCUAAGUAUUGAAAAGGAAAAUAUUUGAAGUUGAAAUUUUUUAGAAAGUUCCACCAGCAGUUAUAGUUACUAGCAGGAACCCGUGAAAUAUAACCCUAAACGGUUUUUUGCAGAAAGUUGCGUUAAAGUCGAUACCGUGGUGUCAGUAAAAUGGCACAGAUAUAUAUCGUCUCGCUUUAUAUAUAGUAUGAUACAUUAGUAUGAUAAGUGAUAGCCAGUGUUUGAAUUCUAACUGUCCUAUUUAUUCGAAUAAAUAGUAGGAUCUUAUAAACUUGAUUGCAAAAUAUUUGAUGGAGUGAAACUUAUUCGACUUUUGUGAAUCGUGAUUCAAUAAAAAGUUUUGGUUAAGGUAAAUAUCUUAUUUUUAUCGCAUGUGAUACUGAUUAUUAUGUUAUUUUGAUUGAUUUGCUUAAUAUUGAUAAUUCUAAUUGUCUGGCCCUGGGGACUGGGCUGCACCCUCAGUAAUAGUACUGGCAAUAUAAACAAGGACCUAAUAUAAAUGAACAAAUCCACGGCAUAAUUAAUACUACUACUAGUAGUAGUAGCUUAUCGAAUUGCGAACUAGGUUUACAGGUUUACUGGACGCAGGACGGCACUCGCCGCUUAGCCUGUCAGUUGUCACUACGCAAUAUCUUCGAUCAGUUUUUAUAAAUACAAACACUAAUCACAGGUUCCCUAUCACUGUGAUUGUAUUACUAUUAGCUCGAGAUC